AUGCAAAAGAAAUUUCGUUCACUUCUGGGACAUGAAAAAACAUAUGAUGACUCAUACCGCGGUGGAAAACCGGGUAGUUAUCCAGCGGUAUUCGGGAAAAGUUGGUCAAGAAAACGUGAAAGUGUACCUGGUAACUCAUAA